GUUCGUUAGAAUUCUGCUGUAUUUUAAAUUGGCAUCGUGGAGAUUUGAUGCCAUUCAAUCGCUGUUCUGCUUGUUCCCUCGUUGCAAAGGUUUAGCCAAGAAUGUGAUGUCGUCUGAGUGUUGGCCACUGUUACGGCAAUCUUUAGCUUCCCUUCUUUGAAAUGUUUCUGGACGAUUGUUUCUUGAUCAUGUUUCCUUGAGAUUGCAUAAGUUUACUACCCCAGACCCAGGGUAAGCAAAGAAUAUAAGCGUUGCGUUGCUUAGCAGGCAACCACCUUAUAAGACGGUAACUAGUACCAUUUCUUUAGCAAGUUAUGUAGUCCAGAACCUUGUUGAUCUUGAUUAUACUCAUGUAUUGCGGAUAAUGUUAUGAUUUGAAGACAUUAUAUUGCUGCUGCCGAUCUGCGUGAGCUAGCUGCUUGAACAGUUUCAGCUGGUACUACUUGAACUGGAUGCGGCUCUACUCACCUGCGGUCUGUUUGUGCCGAUCUGCUUCUUGUAGUAUGCAGUCCCAUCCCAAUCGGUUCCAAGGAGGAUUCACACAAAGUAUGGCCAUAUGGAAGUGCUCGCACUCGCAGUCAAGCACUUACCCAUUGAAAUCUGGUUUAGUUGAUUUUUCACUUAUUAAGAACAUAAAGCCUCCUGAACCACAAAGUCUAAAGUACUUUGUCAGCUUAACGGGCCAACAAUUCAGUUGUGGACUGUCAACCAGAGAAGGUAGUCUAAGUAUAAAUCUUGAAAUGCCUUCACGCGGAAAAUUUUCGAGGAUCGGCUGGAACUGGAGAGGCAUGCAUCAAAAGAUAGGAGGUGCAGCCGGUGGACUUUGCUUUGGUUUCUCGGUUACCGGACUGGCAAGCGCUGAGGUCCCUGUGAUUAGAAGCAACGACAAUGCACAUAUUUCAGCACCAUCUACCAGUUCAACUCACGGGAAGAAAGUCUACACAGAUUAUUCCCUCACUGGUAUUCCUGGAGAUGGAAGAUGUUUAUUCCGCUCUGUGGUCCAUGGUGCGUGCAUUAGGUCAGGGAAACCCAUACCUAAUGAAGAUCUUCAGAGAAAACUAGCCGAUGAAUUGAGAGCAAUGGUCGCUGAUGAAUUUGUCAAGAGGCGGGAGGAGACUGAAUGGUUCGUUGAGGGGGAUUUCGAUACAUAUGUAUCCCAUAUUAGGCAGCCACAUGUGUGGGGAGGCGAGCCAGAAUUGUUCCUGGCUUCACAUGUCCUUCAGAUGCCAAUAACUGUUUACAUGCACGAUGAAGAUGCGGGUGGUCUGAUAGCCAUUGCAGAAUAUGGCGAGCAGUAUGGGAAAGAAGACCCAAUCCAAGUCUUGUAUCAUGGUUUUGGCCAUUAUGAUGCUCUACAGAUUCCAGCAAAGAGUGGUCCAAAGAAGAGACUGUAGAAAUUGUUGAGUUAUAUGUUACUGAGGUGUAAGGGUGUGGUACUAUCUCUGUUUCAGUAUAACCUUACUGAACAUUCAAACUAUAUGCACCUGUACUUAUGUGAGUGUGGAAUACGGCUUUGCUGAAAGCUUGUGCAUUAGAAACAGGGUAUCACUUAUUGUUAUUGUGCUCUUUUGUUCUAUUUCUAUAUCAUCUAUUUUCCUUUUGUUGAUAGAUACAGAGUUUC